AUGUUAGCGGUGGGGGCCAUGGAGGGCACCAGGCAGAGCGCGUUUCUGCUCAGCAGCCCACCCCUGGCCGCCCUGCACAGCAUGGCCGAGAUGAAGACCCCGCUGUACCCCGCCGCGUACCCCCCGCUGCCCACCGGGCCCCCCUCCUCGUCCUCCUCCUCGUCCUCCUCCUCGUCGCCGUCCCCGCCUUUGGGUGCCCACAACCCAGGCGGCCUGAAGCCCCCAGCUGCGGGGGGGCUCUCGUCCCUGGGCAGCCCCCCGCAGCAGCUCUCUGCAGCCACCCCACACGGCAUCAACGACAUCCUGGGCCGGCCCUCCAUGCCCGUAGCCUCGGGGGCCGCUCUGCCCUCUGCCUCGCCCUCUGGUUCUUCCUCCUCCUCUUCUUCGUCCGCCUCUGCCUCCUCCGCCUCUGCCGCCGCCGCCGCUGCGGCCGCAGCUGCCGCCGCCGCCUCAUCCCCGGCGGGGCUGCUGGCCGGCCUGCCCCGCUUCAGUAGCCUCAGCCCGCCGCCGCCGCCACCCGGGCUCUACUUCAGCCCCAGCGCUGCGGCCGUGGCCGCCGUGGGCCGGUACCCCAAGCCGUUGGCCGAGCUGCCCGGUCGGACGCCCAUUUUCUGGCCCGGAGUGAUGCAAAGCCCGCCCUGGAGGGACGCGCGCCUGGCCUGCACCCCUCAUCAGGGAUCCAUUUUGUUGGACAAAGACGGGAAGAGAAAACACACGAGACCCACGUUCUCCGGCCAGCAGAUCUUCGCCCUGGAGAAGACUUUUGAACAAACGAAAUACUUGGCGGGGCCCGAGAGGGCUCGGUUGGCCUAUUCGUUAGGGAUGACGGAGAGUCAGGUCAAGGUCUGGUUCCAGAACCGCCGGACCAAGUGGAGGAAGAAGCACGCGGCCGAGAUGGCCACGGCCAAGAAGAAGCAGGACUCGGAGACCGAGCGGCUCAAGGGGGCCUCGGAGAACGAGGAGGAGGACGACGACUACAACAAACCUCUGGAUCCCAACUCGGACGACGAGAAGAUCACGCAGCUGCUGAAGAAGCACAAGCCCGGCGGCGGCGGCGGCCUCCUGCUGCACGCGUCCGAGAACGAGAGCUCGUCCUGA